CUCGUUGGUGAUUUCUCCGUUCUCUGCCGGUGAUCAGGACGGACAUGGCUGAUGCUGUGACUUACGCCGAUCUGAGAUUCGCUGAGGAUCCGCAGUGGCCGAUAAAACCUCCCGAGACCUCACCGGAGAGAGACAGCGACUACAUGGAUGAUACCUAUGAAAAUAUUGUUAAACCUCCCAGGGAGAAACAAGACUUACAGGCGCCCCCUAGAGGAGGAUGGCACAAGACCAUGGCAGGGUUCGGACAUUGGGCUCCGCACUUGGCUCUGCUGUUCCUGCUGCUUUUUCUUCUACUUUCUGCAAUUACCAUAGAAAGGACGAUGAAACAUCUCCACGUGUCCAGUGAACUCCAGGCUCUGAAUGACAGUAAGGAGAUGAUGGUGGGCGCCCUGCGGAGGGACCUGCAGGAUAGUCAGGAGAGGGUGAGGCGGCUGACUGAGGGCACAGAGAAGAUCUCCUCCGCAUUACAGAAAACUGAAGAGGAGCUUCAAAUCCAAAGAACCAUAAAGAACAAAACUCAGGAGGAGCUAAAGAGCGCGGAGGAGGCGCUGGGUGAAGUGCGCUCAAAGCUAAACCAGUGGGAAAGAGAUAUUUGCCCCAGAGAUUGGAUUCUGUUUGGUAAAAAAUGUUUACGAGUCACAAAUGAAGUGAAAAAAUGGGCAGAAUGUGACGAGUUCUGUAAAAAUAUGGAGGGGAACCUUAUUGUUGUCCAAAAGAACGAUCUGAGGCUUCAGGCUUUUCUGUCCAAUCAGAAUGGAGAUUUCUGGAUUGGAAAGGAACUUAGAUGGGAAUAUAAGCCCUAUAAAUGUUCCUGGGAAUGGCCAAAUCAGUACAGGCAAGAAACGGGAAAAUGUUGGCAAAUCAGAAAUGGAAAUUUGAUGCCUGAGGAAUGUUGGGAAAAGAAAAAGUGCAUCUGUGAGAGGAAUCUUGUCCUAGUGACAUUAAAGAAAUACUAUAGUGAUUAUUCUCCAUAUAUAAAUCUGUGGGACGCAUCAUAUCAUUGCUGGAAGAAAUAUGAAACAAGAUAAUGAGAUAAAAAUAUUCAUAUACAAAAGACAUCAAACCGGAUGAACCUGCCCCGACCCUGGCCUGCCCCGACCCCGUCCUGCCCCGACCCCGGCCUGCCCCGGCCUGCCCAGACCCCGGCCUGACCUGACCCCGGCCUGCCCCGACCCCGGCCUGCCCCGACCCCGGCCUGCCCCGACCCCGGCCUGCCCCUGCCCCGACCCCGGCCUGCCCCGACCCCGGCCUGCCCCGACCCGGCCUGCCCCGACCCGGCCUGCCCCUGCCCCGACCCCGGCCUGCCCCGAACCCGGCCUUGCGCUUCAUUCUCCUUCUCUCAAUGUCACCUCCUGGUGUUCACCGAUAAUAAAGCUUCAGUCCUUCAGGUUUCAUACUGUUCCUUUGUGGACGGUCCAUUGGGUUCUUCACCGCUCUCUACAGUCCACCAGGAUGUCAUCAUGUGACUCAACAGAUGUAUGCAGGGGAUGUGGAGCUUUGCCCCCUAUAAACCCUUAUUGAAAUCAAAUUGCACCCAGAUGGAAAUGUCAGAUUGCUGCAAAAUUCUGCAUGAAUUCAUAAGGGCGUAAAAUUGUUCCC